ACCGGUCCUCAAUUUUAUGAUUAACAAAUUCAGCAUCGAGAAGGAGAACAUACAAGUGCAGUGCCUUUAUUUUUGCAUCCGAUUUUGAUUGCUAGGUUCCUCUAGUUCCACUCUUGCCUAUUGUUCCUGCGAUCCAGCUGCUGCUGGUUCAACCUGGAACAAUGGCCAGCACCGACUCCAAGUCAUUUUUACACAUCUGGUGUGCCAAGCAAAAACUAAAUGCUCCUCAGUUUGAAGUCAGACCGACAGGUGUUAAAACGCGUCAAAGAUUUAUAUGCGAGGUUCGCGUUCAAGGCUUUGAUUAUGUGGCUGCUGGAAAUUCCACCAAUAAAAAGGAUGCUCAAAUGAAUGCAGCUCGUGACUUUGUGCAGUUCCUCGUUCGUCAGAAUAAAGUGAAUCCUUCCGAAAUUCCUGAUGAUAUGGGUGCAGCUAGUGCAGCUGGUGGAACAACUAACGAUGCCGCAGAUGGCAGUGGAAACCCAGACCAACCGCAACCUCUGUUUCCUAAUCGUCCUGUUUUUCAGCAUGGUAUGGGACCUCAAGAUUUUGGUCAAGCGUAUCGCCCCUAUAGUGAAGGUGGUGGGCCUAUGACGUACAUUGAUCGUAUGGCAGAACAGAGACAAGUGGAAGAGGCUGAGAAUUUGGACAUGAAUGCUGCCAUUCAUGGAAACUGGACCAUAGACAAUGCCAAGUCAAAACUCCAUCAGUUCAUGCAGAUGCACAGAAUUUCAACUGAUUACAAAUAUACCACUGUAGGUCCUGAUCAUACCAGGAGUUUUGUGGCAGAAAUGUCCUUUCAUGUGAAAAAGCUUGGACGAAUGAUUACUGGCCGAGAGACUGGCUCAAACAAGCAGAGUGCUUCAAAAAGCUGUGCAUUGUCUCUUGUUCGACAACUCUACCAUUUUGGUGUAAUUGAACCAUUUUCUGGGACUCUGAGGGUUAAAGAAACUAAUCAGAUGAAACCCUAUGAUGUAAAUGUAUCUCCAGAGCUUAUGCAGGGUGUAAAAGAUGUUUUAGAGGGUUUGAAUCUUCCACCAAUUGAAGUGAAACCUGAUGAAAAAGAGGCCUCUCUUCUUACAUCAAAAGUGCUCGAUGAGUUUAUUGCAUCUGCACCAUCUGCAGUUGGUGUAGUUUCAUGGUCUCCUCCUGUGCCUAAUUGGAAUCCGUGGACUGGUUGUAAUAUAGAUGAAGGCCCUUUGUCGCAAGCAAAUCUGGACCAAAUCAGUGAAGACCUAUAUAAUGAGCACAAACAACGUCUCCAGAAUGAUAGUACUUUAAACAAAAUGAUUACUGACCGCCAAAAGUUGCCUGUUGCUGUUAUGAAAAAUGAUAUUAUGGAUGCAAUCAACAACAACUCUGUUGUUAUAAUACGUGGUAAGACUGGUUGUGGUAAAACAACUCAAGUCUGUCAAUUUAUUCUGGAUGAUUAUAUCCAGUCUGGACAAGGAGCCUAUUGCAACAUAGUUGUCACACAACCUAGGAGAAUAUCAGCUGUGUCAGUAGCUGAUCGUGUCGCCAAUGAAAGAGCAGAGGGGAUGGGACAAAGCACUGGAUACAGUGUGAGAUUUGAGUCCUGUUUACCCAGACCAUAUGGUGGAGUCAUGUUCUGUACUAUUGGUGUACUCUUGCGAAAAUUGGAAAAUGGCCUCAGAGGUGUGUCUCAUGUAAUAGUUGAUGAGAUUCAUGAGCGUGAUGUUAACUCUGAUUUCAUAAUGGUCAUUCUCAGAGAUAUGGUGCACACAUAUCCUGACUUGCGUGUGAUUUUGAUGUCUGCCACCAUUGACACCACUCUCUUCACAGAGUAUUUUAACAAAUGUCCUAUUAUUGAGAUUGCUGGUAGAGCAUUCCCUGUUCAAGAAUAUUUCUUAGAAGACUGUGUAAGCCUUACAAAAUUCAUACCUCCUCCUCCCAAGCCCAAGAGAGGAGGAAGAAAUAACGACAAAGAUGAUGAAGACAAUGUUGGAGCUGAUGAAGUAGAAGAGAACCUCAAUUUGGCUGUCAGUGAUAAUUAUGAUGUGAACACAAAGCAAGCUAUGGCAAAAAUGUCAGAGAAAGAAAUCAGCUUUGAACUUAUAGAUGCAUUAUUGAGGUAUAUUAAGGCACAAGGGAUACCUGGGGCUGUUUUGGUAUUUUUGCCAGGCUGGAAUUUGAUUUUUGCAAUCAUGAGGUACCUGCAAUCACACCCUAUCUUUGGAGGAUCUGGGUAUGUGAUAAUCCCAUUGCAUUCCCAACUUCCAAGAGAAGAUCAGAGACGAGUAUUUGACCCUGUCCCAGACAAUGUUACCAAGGUCAUUUUGUCUACAAAUAUAGCAGAGACUUCUCUCACAAUUGAUGAUGUUGUCUAUGUCAUAGACAGUUGCAAGGCAAAGAUGAAGCUUUUUACUUCUCAUAACAAUAUUACAAAUUAUGCAACAGUUUGGGCAUCUAAAACUAAUCUGGAGCAGCGCAAGGGCAGGGCUGGGCGUGUAAAGCCUGGCUUUUGCUUCCAUCUUUGUAGCAGAGCUCGGUUUGCGAAACUUGAUGAACAUAUGGUCCCUGAGAUGUUUCGAACACCUCUGCAUGAGUUGGCUCUAUCAAUCAAGCUGCUUCGACUUGGGGCAAUUGGCCACUUUCUCAGCAAAGCCAUUGAACCUCCACCAAUCGAUGCUGUUAUUGAAGCUGAAGUUCUGCUCAGAGAAAUGAAGUGCUUAGAUAAAAAUGAUGAGCUUACUCCACUGGGCAAGAUUCUUGCUAGGCUGCCAAUUGAACCACGCCUAGGGAAAAUGAUGAUUUUGGGAAAUAUAUUUUUCUGUGGAGAUGCUUUGGCGACUGUUGCUGCAAACAGCUCUACCAUGCCUGAUGUUUUCAUCACGGGUAUGGAUAGACGACGCCUGUCAUUCCAACAGAUUGCUUUCAGUGGUUGUCGUUUCUCUGACCAUGUGGCUAUGAUGAAUGCAUUCCAGUCAUGGGAAGAUGCAAGAGUCGGUGGAGAGCAGGCAGAGAUAAGCUACUGUGACCACAAAGGCCUCUCGGUGCCAACCCUGCGAGUUACAUGGGAAGCUAAGAAUCAGCUAAGAGAUUUACUGGUAUCUUGUGGCUUUCCUGAGGAAACAUUGUCACCACAGAUGUAUAAUUAUUCUGGAUCUGAUGCCAAACUAGACAUGGUUGUAGCGCUGCUGUGUUUGGGACUUUAUCCCAAUGUUUGCUACCAUCAGGAGAAAAGAAAAGUUCUAACAACAGAGUCUAAAGCUGCUCUGAUCCAUAAGACAUCUGUUAAUUGCAGAAAUGAUGCCACUUUCCCCUUCCCAUUCUUUGUCUUUGGAGAAAAAAUAAGGACUCGUGCUGUUGCCUGUAAACAAAUGACCAUGGUAACUCCAAUACAUUUACUCCUGUUUGGUUCUAGAAAAGUUGAUGUUGUUGAUGGCCUUGUAAGGCUUGACAACUGGAUAAACCUGAAAAUGGAUCCAAACCAGGCUGCUGCAAUCGUGGCCCUUCGACCAGCUAUUGAGAGCCUGGUUGUUCGUGCAUCAAAAGAACCUGAGCUUAUUACAGAAUUGACUCCACUCGAUGAAAAAGUAAUAAAUAUUGUUAAACAGCUUUGCAAGAUAAAUGCUGGUCGUCAUGAGAUGGACCCCAUUACAAUGGCUGGUCCUCAAUCUCGAAGACCACCUCGUGGAGAUUUCAACAGAGGUUUUGAUGGACCACCUGCAAAAAUGGCAAGAACCGAUAAUGGUGGCAGUUUUGAAGGCUCUGGCAGCUUUGGUGGUUUUGGAGGAAGUGGCCACAGAGGAGGUCAAGGUUUUGGAGGGAGGGGAUAUGGAGGAGGAAGUUAUGGAGGUGGUGGAGGCAGAGGAUAUGGAGGCGGAGGGUCCAGAGGAGGAUAUGGAGGCGGAGGGUCCAGAGGAGGAUAUGGAGGCGGAGGGUCCCGAGGAGGAUAUGGAGGUGGGAGAGGUGGAGGCAGCAGUUAUUUUGGAGGAAGAGGCAGAGGCGGAGGUGGUUUUCGUGGAGGUUAUGGAGGAGGUGGUUAUAGAGGAAGUGGCAGUUACUAAUAUGUUUUGUGGUUUUCCAAUUUUUUUGCGCACUCUUUGCACAUCACUUAGAGAUUGUUCAAAAUAUUUGAAAUGUUACUGAAAUGUAACACAUGUGUGGGCCAUUUUAUUAAUGAGCCAUGGAAUAUAAUUUUCCUUCCUGUUUGUUAAUUUUAUUUUCUUGAUUUCUCUUAAGUUUUUUGAUUAUUUUGUCUGAUUCCCCAAUUUUGAGUGUAUACAUGUAUGCAUUAAUUUUAUAUUAUUUGAACAUGGCUUGUUGGUUGACAAUUACUUCUUUUAAGUGAAAAAUGUACUUCGGACAACUAUGUAGUUUCCAAGAAAAAGAUAUGAAUAAUAAAAACUUGAAUGAUAUAAGCUAA